AUGUCUACGCCUACGCCAACGCCAACGCCUCGUCCUCGAAAGACGCUCGAGCGACUACCGGACGGCAGACCUCGAUUCCAAGGCUGCUCGAGAAUUACCGAAUAUGACUAUCUGGGAAAGCUGGGCGAAGGCACAUUCGGCGAAGUCUCUAAGGCGCGCUCAAAAAAGACAGGACAAGUCGUGGCGUUGAAAAAGAUCUUGAUGCACAAUGAAAAGGAUGGAUUCCCCAUAACAGCCCUUCGGGAGAUCAAGCUACUAAAACAACUCGACCAUGUCAACAUACUGAAACUGGAAGAGAUGGCCAUCGAGCGACCGAAGAGCGCCAGCAAGAAACCCAGCAUGUUCAUGGUCACGCCGUACAUGGACCACGAUUUGUCGGGUCUGCUGGAAAAUCCCAGCGUCAAUUUCACCGAGCCACAGAUCAAGUGCUACAUGAAACAACUCCUCGAAGGCUGCGCGUACCUUCACGCCAACAAAAUCCUACAUCGAGACAUGAAAGCCGCCAAUCUGUUGAUUAACAACCGAGGCAUUCUUCAGAUUGCAGAUUUCGGUCUCGCGCGACCCUACGACGACGAUCCGCCUAGACCUGGACAAGGAGGAGGCGAGUCCACCAGAGAAUACACGACUCUGGUGGUGACACGAUGGUACCGGCCACCGGAACUGUUACUACAACUGCGCAAAUAUACCACUGCUAUCGACAUGUGGGGAGUUGGAUGCGUCUUUGGCGAAAUGUUCAAGAAGAGGCCGAUCCUGACGGGAAACAGUGACUUGAAUCAAGCACAAAUCAUCUUUGACCUGGUGGGCUCUCCUACAGACGAGACGAUGCCUGGUUGGCGAGACCUUCCAGGGUGCGACAGCGUUACAGACUGGGGUAACAAGCCCUCGAGACUGGCCACCGUGUUCCGCGAACUCAGUCCACAAGCGCUUUCACUCUUGAGCGAGCUACUCAAACUCGACUGGCGGAGACGGAUCAAUGCCAUGGAUGCACUUCAGCACCCAUACUUCCAUAGCGAACCGUUUCCCGCACGACCAGAAGAUCUUCCUUCAUUCGAGGACUCUCACGAACUGGACAGAAAGAAAUUCAGAGACCAGAAAUCGAAACCGCCGCCUGCUCCGGCCGGUGGGUCCGUGGGCAUAGCGACUCAAGGAGAAUACGCCAUCAAUGGUCGACCGAUUCCUCCAUUCGAAGGAAGAAGCGGUGUUGGCGGAGGUUCUGGUCAUAGACUGCCUGGUGGAGGGCGAUAUGCAAAUGGACACAACAACAACCAGAGCUACGGCCGGCGUCCAUUGCAUGGCCAGAACGGCGCUUACGGCGGCGGAGCAGACUACCGGGGCCCAAAAGCCCAUCCACCCCUGCACCGAGAUAUGCCGCCAUACGAACAGAAUCAUCGUCCGCCGUACGAUCAAACCCGAGCACCUAUUCCACCACAAGUCUACGACGAAAGUUACUCGCGCCGACCUCCAGGAGGAGAACUGUCUUCAUUGCCCCGUCCGACCGGAGACCAUGCGCUACCACCGCGCCCUCCCAUCCCCGAAGUCGACCCUUACCGCUAUGGACCCCCUGAUGCGAUCCCGCCUCCUUACCGAGACGAUGGCCGCGGUCCACCUCCACCUCCCCCUCCGCCACACCCGAGAACCAGAAUUCCCGCCGGUCACGCCGGUGUGGACCAUCGACGACCACCUCAUGAUCGAGACACGUAUAUUCCGCCAUAUUCACACGCAGAUCCUACUGUGCGGAGCACCGCCACCAAGAAUCGCAGAAGGGACGAUCGUCCCAUGUAUAGAGACGGCGGUCCGCCUUCCGAUUAUGCUGAUCACCUGUCAUACGAUGAUGCGGCUGGGCCAGACCGGGACCGAGAUCGAGAUCGAGAUCGCGAGCGAGGACGGUCACGCGAGAUAGACAGUCUACUCCCUCCGCCUCCGCCCGCUCACCUGCACCCACAUCUGCAUACGCAUCAUCAUUCCCAGAGUGGACCGUACGACCGAGAUAGGGAUCGAGACAGACGACCUCGAAGUCGAAGUCGAAGUCCGGUCCGAGAUUGGGAAAGAGAUAGCUAUGCCGGUCAUAGAGACCGAGAUCGAGACCGAGACGUGAUGCACCGUGACCGAGAGAGGCCUAGAGAUUGGGACCGGGAGAGAGACCAUCGAGAUCAUCUUCACAAUCACAGUCAUGCGCAUAGAGACCGGGACAGGGACAGGGGAUAUGCCAUGCCAGAACCUUACCGUCGGUGA